AUGGAACCCGAAAGCAGUUGUAGGUGUUCAAUCGAUGCCUUGCAAAUUCUGACGGAGAUCCGGAAUGUAGACACGGUCGUGGAGUUUGAGACGAUCCUGGACUUGGUCCAGCGCGUCUAUGUGCAAGGACAAGCUAUGCUGAAUUGCAAAGAUUGUCGCAAACUUCGGCCACAAUCUUCCGCCGUCUUGACCAUCCCUGCCCUUACCGAUCAUUGUCUCUCAUUUUUUGAGGCCGUAUGCUCAGCAUAUAGCAUCACCCGCAAGAGUUGUCUUUUCGAAGCGAAUAUCCUUGCAUUUGAGCAGCCUCUGCCCCAGUUUAUCUGCAUUCGAAGCAAGGUGCAACUGGGAGAAACAGAUUUGGACGAAGCCGAGACUGGGAUGUUAGUUCGAACCCUUCUGUGUCGCAAUUCUAUGAGGCUUCUCAGCCUACUAGAAGCUCUUCAGGGUAUCCUCCGAACGCUUUCGACGGACACUACCCAGGUUCACCGAGCUGGGGCGGCAAACCUGCGGGCGUAUGAGUCGUCCAUCCAGUCAACCAUGCACCGGUUCGUGGCAUUCCUGGACCAGAUAAAAGUUGAACAACGAAAUACCAAGGGGCAGUCACCUUGUCUGAUCAUCGUCCCAAGCGUAUAA